CAUUCCAGGAGUAGGAUGAGCUGAUUUGACGCAUUAACGUGAGGCUCGGGAGGCUGUCAGUGUGAGUUUAGGGGAGGUAAACAAGAUGGCGACAACUUGAAUAGCAAGAGUAACAUGAAGAGACAAAAAAUACCUUAGUCGUAUCUCAUUGUGCAAUGAGAGAACCUGCCACAUCAAAUACGUAAACAAGCCAAAUGCGUAAGAAACAAUUGGCAAACGGGACGAGAUUUCUAUGGAUUAAGGCACCAGGAAGAAAGGGUAACCUGAGACUGGCCGCUUAUACCACACGGUUGACUGGAUUUGCUGCAUCUGUUUGCUCAAUAGGAACAAAAUACAACCUAUUGGCCUAUUCAUCAUGAGUGCUGGAGAGCUGCACCAUCUGGACUACCACCUCAAUGAUCAUGAACUGAUGGGGAUGGACACUUUCAUCCACCGCAUUGACUCCACAGAGGUGAUCUACCAACCACGCAGGAAGAGGGCCAAGCUGAUUGGGAAGUAUUUGAUGGGGGACUUGCUGGGGGAGGGGUCGUAUGGGAAAGUAAAGGAGAUGCUGGACUCAGAGACACUGUGUCGCAGGGCUGUCAAGAUACUGAAGAAGAAGAAACUGCGGAGGAUUCCGAACGGAGAAGCCAAUGUGAAAAAGGAGAUUCAGCUGCUAAGAAGGCUCCUGCACAAAAAUGUGAUUCAGUUGGUGGAUGUGCUGUACAAUGAAGAGAAACAGAAAAUGUAUAUGGUGAUGGAGUAUUGCGUAUGUGGGAUGCAGGAAAUGCUGGAUAGCGUCCCAGAGAAAAGGUUUCCAGUAUUUCAAGCUCACGGGUACUUUUGCCAACUCUUAGACGGCCUUGAAUAUUUGCACAGCCAGGGAAUAGUUCACAAAGACAUUAAACCAGGCAACCUAUUACUGACCACAGACGGAGCGCUCAAGAUCUCCGACCUGGGGGUAGCAGAGGCGCUCCAUUCAUUUGCGGAGGAUGAUACGUGUCGCACCAGCCAGGGCUCCCCGGCCUUCCAGCCCCCAGAGAUAGCUAAUGGCCUGGACACGUUUUCAGGGUUCAAAGUAGACAUCUGGUCCGCAGGAGUAACACUAUACAACAUUACGACAAGUCUGUAUCCCUUCGAGGGGGACAACAUCUAUAAGCUAUUUGAGAACAUUGGGAAAGGAGACUACAGCGUUCCCGAGGAGUGCGGCCCUCUCCUGUCAGACCUGCUGAAUGGAAUGCUGGAGUAUGAGCCUGUCAAGAGGUUUUCCAUACAGCACAUAAGGCAGCACAACUGGGUGCGGAAGAAACACCCCCCGUCCGAGCCCCCCGUGCCCUUCCCGGCCAACGCGGAGAGCCGGGACCCGUGGCGCAGCAUGACGGUGGUGCCCUACCUGGAGGACCUGCACGGCUACACGCAGGAGGACGACGACGAGCUGUACGACGCCGACGACGAGUUCAUCUACACUCAGGACUUCACCGUGCCAGGACAAGUAGCCGAGGAGGACGAGGACCUGAGCCCCGCCCACUACGGCCGGGCCGUGGCCAAGCCGGUGUGCGUGAACGGGACGGACGGCGGGGGAGCCCUCAACAGCAAGCCCAAAGUGGAGCGGCGCUCCUCCUCCUCGUCCAACCCGUCGCGCAAGGGGCUGUCCACGGCCAGCAAGAUCCGCAAGCUCUCCACCUGCAAACAGCAAUGACCUCACCCCCCGCCCUGCAGCCCACCUGGUCACGCUCUCCCUCCCCCUCUCCUCCCUCUGGUGUCUGGAGCCCCUGUGGGUGUAACGGGGGAGAACCUGCUGAUGGUCUAGCCCCGUAUUCCCUGAACCGCUGGCCUGAAUCCCACGCCACUGACCGGGCUGGGCUGGGGUCGAUGGGCGAGGAGGAGAAGAGGACCAAGUGUCAAGUGAUGUUAUUUUUUCUUCUUUGCCUGUCUCUAAAGACUUGAGCCGCUAGGUGUGAAAAGGGUUGGAUAUAUAAAUAUAUAUAUAUGCCAUUGGGCGGACGCUUUUGUCCUAAGCGUCUUACGAUGCCAUGAGUGCAUUCGUUUAUUAGCAUGGGGGGGCCCCAGUGGGAGAGGAUUAUUUUGAGAAUUGUUGCAUUUCCUUUUCUUUUAGUUUUGGUUGUUUUUGGCCUCCACCCCCUUGAAUGAUGCUCCCCUCUCCAUCUCUCCCUCCAUCCACUCUCCACUGGGAUGGCAUUGGACAAUAUGAACAUGGCUACGACUCCCCCUGCUUCUUCAGUAGUUCCCCUCUGUCUUUAAGACUACCUUUUGGAUUUGUUGUCUGUUCCGUGGGGGAGAAAAACUGCUGUUGUAACUGCCGUUUUUUUUAACUGCAGUGGGGGGGGGGGGAAGAGAGAAUUGUUAUUGAUAAUAAAAAAAAUCUGAAUUCUAUAUUUCAAUGUAUGAGGAUGAUGGAAGGUGCAUGCUGUGGGAAGCUGAGGUGAAGAGUUCUGCUGAUGGACUUGCAGACCUCCACGUCCACCACAGACUUAUCGGGGCUCUAGUUUCUGAUUUCCGUUUUUUGUUUUCUUAUUUGAAUAAAUAUUUUUUAAUUAUUAUUUAUAUAAAAUAUGUUCAGACCGGACUGUUUUGUGGCUGAUCUUUUUUCGAUUCUAUAUAUUUUUGGGCCAUGGCAUUUCUUCGCGGUUCACUCUAGUCUCUCCUGCCCCCCUGUUUGUCCUAAAGUAACACCGGGGUUAGUUCCUACAGGAAUGCGAUCGAUAUUUCCCUCAGGGGGUGCACUUUGUAGAGGGACAAGGUCCAAAAGACAUCCAGAUACUUACUAGCCGACAUGUAUUGCAAGAGUGUUUCCUGACCUUAUUGGGGCAUAUCCUGACGUUUCAGUGCAGAUGUAGGCCAACUGAACUUGAAAACAUCCAAUCGUUUGUUUUGAAGAGCUGCAAAUGAAAGUGUGCCGAUUCUAUCCCCAUAAGUCCACCUCCCCCCCUUCCCCUUAUACAACCACAUCUUCAGCCCUAUCACUCGGAGUAGAUCAGAGAGCAGGUGAGUCACAGCACCAGAGAGGGGGAGGGAGAGUACCCACGUCAGCACACUGUCGGAGAUUUUCUAUUCAACAGGGCUAACGACGAACAAUGCAAAUGAUUGAGAGGAAUCUCAGAUGCCUGGCAUUGCAUGCAGGUGGGAAUGUUUAAACGGUAUGACUAUUUAAGUGGUUUUGGAGGUAUUAAAAAGAAUAAAUGUCUUUACAAAAAAAUAACAUGCAGCUUUACCAGAAGCUGUCGAACCAUUUUUGUCAGUUUCAACAUUAAACAUCCAGCAACACAACAGGUAUUUUUUUAAUUUAUAAAUUCUAAAUGAAUAUGCACUUAGUGUACAUUCAGAUUCCUUUUCUGCCCUACAUUUAAUCAUUUCUGUAGGAUAUGCACUAGGCUAGUUCUUACUGCAGACUUAAUUCCCAAUGUUUCAAGCAGAACGUGUAGUACUUGAUUAAUCAUUCACAGAUGACUGAACGCACUCUUAUGUAACCUUUAUACAAAGAACUCUUUUAUAAUGAAACGCUAAUGCCAUUGAAUGUCGUAACGCUACACAUGAAACGUUAUGACAUGUUGACGUCCAUGGAAAUGUUUUGCCUUUGGGGAAGUAUCUCAAGCUCUAUAAAAAUUGGCAAAUACAACAGUGUUACAUAAUAUUUCAACUAACAAUUUAAGCCUAAAUAGUACUAUUUCAAUUCAAUCUGAAUCUGAAAACGGAGGUCUGACUUCAGGCAUGUAUUUGAUUCUAUGGAGGUGAAUAUCUCUUGUAUCCCCUGUCACUUUGUCCAAAGACACUGCAGUAUUGCAACCUUAUUUAAAAUAAAUAGGACAUUGUAGCCUACUGAUGUACAUCUUUUAAUUUAGUGAUGAAUGCCGCUUUUCUGUAUUGUAAUUACAUAUUUUGUUGACACAAUGUGGCAAUAAAAUAAAUGACGCAGUGAAUUGGCAAAAAGUAAGCAUAGAUCGUUUUUUAGAUAUUAAUAUAAUGUUACUUUGACUGUAGUCGACUGCUGACAACUUACAUACAUCAUCUCAUCAUCUUAAGUUACCCUUAUGAGUCAGACACUUGUGAGGACAGAAUUUGAUGAAGCAACAUGGAGAGAUGAACAUAUUCUCAUGAGGAAAGUGCUUUAUAAAUCUCAAACUAUUUUUCACUUCCACAUUGGUUACAAGCAGCAUGCUUACAAUGUUGAAAAAAUAUGACCUAUUUCACUUAUUCUGCAAAUGAGAUUAAAUUGCCAUGAGCAUAUAUUUAUUUUUAAAUAUAUAGAUGAAUGCAUGAAUAUGACGAUAGAAUAAAGUUGAUAUAAAAAUGGGUAAUUUACAUGUCACUGAACAUGGGUUCACAGUGGAUACAACUGGAAAUUCUAGAAGAGACAUACGACUGGUCAACAGUUAGGUGUCCGUCCUAGGGGACUGUACUGUAUAGUAGUGCAUCCACAUCUGGGUCAAUUUAACAUGUUGGGGAAUGAAUAUGUCACAAGGAAUUGACCUGCAAGGUAAGACGCAUCUUUAAAGUGCAAUCACAGAAAUGGAUAUGAAAAUGAACAGAUAAUUAUAGCGGAGGAGGGGGGCUGCCAAUCUAUACAGGACUCCUAUCAGGGGAGGAGACAUGGGACACUGCUACCGCGCAUUGGCGCUCUCCCAGGCCCAGUUCACCAGGCUUUGCAUUCCUCAACCCAGAGUAGAGCAUCUCCUCCAAGGAAACUGCCAUCUUGUCUGUCAGGCUACUCUGGCCGCAGAGGAUGGGCAUGAGGGGUGCUGGGUCCACAAAACUGACAUCUGUGAUCAGAUUGCCGGAUCCGCGCUUCUCUGGGGAAGGGAAAUGGGAUUUGAUCGCCUGGCUGCUGUUGUUGUUUUGGUUGCCGACUCUUGGAUCCAUGUGACUGGGCUGCGUAUGCAAAGUGUCCGGCAAGCGGCUCGAGGUGCGUUCAUUGGCCUCCGUUUCACCCUCCAUGUCGAUGACCUCACUAUCGGUGACCCUGUGUAUUGGCUCUGUGGAAUGUACACCAGUGUUUGAGCCCUCAAUGUCCUCAGAUGCUGCUUUGGACACGCCUCCUACAUCUUCUUGUGAAUCCCUUCUUUUGUGUAAGUUGUUAUCCUCCUCGAUGCCCGCUUGGUUCGCUUCCUCACACGCUGCCACCUCGGUAGCUUCCUCGUCGGCGGCGCUGGCGAUUCGGGACAGGGUGCUGUGGUAUCUUGUAUCCAGAGGGUACCCGGCGCUGUCCCCUCUCCGUAGGGGAGUGAACCUCUGUCUCUCCAGGGACGGGGAGUACCUCCCCCCGGUGCCGGACCCAGGGUCGCUGUAUUGCUUGUGCCUCUGCCACUGCUUCCGGAGAUGGACCCUGGACCGAUGCCUGGCCCGUGGCGGUGAGCCUUGCUGGUCGAAGCGCGGAUCAUGGCGGAGGAACUCGUUGAAGAGGGCGUCGGUCUUUUCGUCGAUGCUGUAGUCACGGCGGCGAAGGCGUGGCCGGUGGGUCGGAGACGGCGGUGGAAUGAUAGAGUAGUGUGGUUUCACAAGCGGAGAAGUGGGCUUGGACUGCAGGUGAAGUGAUUCCAGAGGAUUCGGGAUAUAAGUCACCUUCCCGGGCUGAGAGGGUUGCUUGAUGGUGAGAGAUUGGCUGCCGGCUUUAGCUGCCGCUCUUAGCCUCUUGUCUGCGUCUGUGUAACCAGUCAUUUCAUCCUCCUGCUCCUCCUGGAACGCCUUGGCUUCGAAGCUCUCACACACCGAGCCCUUCCUCCCAGAGUUGGUGAAGAACAAUCUCCUCUCUGAUGCCGUCUUGCCCCGAGAGCCUCCAGGCAUCCCAAACAGCCGCAGAUCUUCGGGGCCCCGCGAUGGGGCCUCUAUAGAGGCAUAUCCACUGUCCAUCUGAAGGAGCUUACGGUUCCCGCCCUCCACAUCCCCUGCUGUCCCAGCCGCAGCCUCCCCCUCCCCUACGGCCGCACUUCCAAACCCCUCUCCUUCCCCAUCCACUUCCGGCUCAUCGCCCAGGUCCUGGGACAGGCCGUAGCGAGCUCCCGCAGCUCCAAGGGAGGAGAGGCUGUCUGCAUCACUGCGUAUGGACUCCCGAUCCGUGCUGCUCUGGUCCGAGGAGGCAUACUGCUCAAGGGAAGCCCGCAAGCUCCAGAUGUCUCGGUACAGGGAGUGGGGCAUCUCAGUGUUUUCCUGGUUAAGCAGAAAGGAAAGAGAGGAACCCGAGUCUGUCCUUCUCCGAGCCUCGGCUCCAAGAACCUCCUCGUCCCCUUCCUCUGCCUCUAGCGUCUGCUCUCUCUUCACAUGUGAGAUCACAUCACAUGAACUGACCCCUGGGAAAGUGUUGCUCUGAGAUGCAGUCUUGAUAUUUCCCUGGAUGCCUAACUCCUCAUGUUCAACAAACAGGUUGUCUUCUUCAUCCUCUUCUGCGUCAGUGUCUCGAGUUGCUAGUUGUGCUCUUGCUUCUCUGUCCCUUGUGGCUACAGCAAACAUGGAAUUCGCCUCUGUCUCGGCGUCCACCACUAAACCCUCCUCUGCCCCAUCGCCUGUGUCCUGCUCCGGCCUCUUGGCGUAUUGGUAGUUUGGAAAGGGGAAGUCUAUUGUGCCCCCUGUGAUGUUGACACCUACCUCCACCCCCGCCCUGGCCUCCACCUCAAGCCUGCACAGAGGAAGAAAGAGACAACAUCGUUACUAUUAAACUAUUGCACAUGGGGUACUUCAGACGGCUGAAGUCAGUCCAACGCAAGGUAGCUUACAGGGCAACUUGGCUUGUGUGAGUGCUCCCUAGAGGCGUUACCUGUCGAGGAAAGCUGAAGUAGAGGAGGGGGUUGAGGCCUGUGUGAGAGACUCAGCAGAGAGAGACUGCAGACCACCACUUUGGAGGUGAGGUGGAGGGUGGGGUGCAGUGACGUCACCACCCAGGGAGGACGAGUCAUCAUCCGUGUGAUCAGUAGUCUCGCUGGCCGCUCGCUGUCUUUGGAAGGGCCUCCGCUUAGGGGAUCCUAACACAGGAAGUCAUGUUAAGACAUAACUUUAACCAGCCUCAUUGUAAUGGCUUAAUUUUAUUGAACCAUUAUUUGGGCCUUUAGUCAAUACAAGACAGUGUCUAAAAACUGAGGAACGGAUUGUUUUGAAGAUCUUGUACCUAGUUACUGAAAAAGGACCCUCCUAACCUUUGGCCUCCAGACUUGCUGCUCGAUGGCUGCUGUCAAAUUUCCAUUUCCUGAAGUAAGGCCCCGCCCCUUCCAGACUGGCGUGCCGCCGCAGCUUUGAAAAGAACUGCAGAACGGAGGCCUGGGCUGGAGACACCUCCCACUGCUCUACAGGUCCCCUCUUAUUAUCCUCCUCUCUCCCGUCCCCGAGGGCUUCAAGCUGUCAGGAAAACACGUAAUUAGACAAAGGAGGUGAAAGGUGAAUGAGAGAGACGAGUAGGUGGAGGAUGAAUGCAGGAGUGGUGUCUGUCAAUUGAUCUGCUGAAAGCCAGGGACUAAACUCUCAGGACGCAACAGAGGAGACUUACUGUGAGCGAGUGUGUGUGCUGGAGUUUGGCGGCUUGUGCGAUCUGUCGGUUGCCCUGCUCCAGGAUGACCGAGUGAUGGGGGUCUCCAGGCAGGCCCCCACUGAGAGACUGGCCCACCCAGCCGAGGGCCUCCCCUCUCUCAGGAGGCUAGAGAGACGGGGGGGGCAGGGGGGUUAGGACAUUAAUUCACAAAAUGUUGUUACUUGGUGUGUUUGGCUCACACAGCAAAACGGUUUGGAUUAGUCAGAUUGUUGGGGGAGAGGGAAUAUUAGAUGGAAGAAACCCAUGGUGGAAUGUUAAGCUCCACCAUGCUACCACCCCCGUUCACUUUGGAGGGUGCAACAGGGACCUGCUCACCUGGUAGAUGGUGAGGGGCAGUCUGGCCCCCGGCAACUCGUUGAUGUUGACGACGCUGCUCUCCGUGGACUCACACUCGGUGAUGGUGUGGAUCUUCAUGGAGGGGGCGUGGGUGGGGGCCAGGUGGAGGUGGGUGAGCCGCGCCUUCUUUAGGUGGUGGAAGUCCCCCUCGGUCAGCGUGUACCUAGCCGUCAUUGGGCACCGUUUAAACACGGGGUUCAUCGUAGGAUGACCUCUACCUGGUCGAGUUUAAGAACAUAGCUAUAUGUGCUGUAUCAUACUAACAAACAGGAAUGAUUUAUUGCUACAAAGGGCCUAUUUCAUUCACUGGCUUUUUUUUCCUUCGGGUCAAAAGUCAUGGAAGUGGGUUGAUGAAGAGGGAAUGAUGUUUAGCAGAGGGCCUCGUUGGGACUUGAACCUGGGUGGCCGGCCACAUAGGCAUGUUCCCCACACGGUUACUAGAACCCCUUAACAGGUUGAGCGACCUACUGGGGCAGGCCGUUGGAAGGGGGGUAACGGCAGCACAAGAGAUCCACCGCUGAGUCCCUACCUCCGGCCCUUGUCCUCCGUCUUCUUCUCUUGCUCGUAGAGUGCAGACUCGUUGAAGGACACCCGGCGGCCAGUGGACCCGGUGGAGACGAAGCGCUCCGUCUCUCCCUCCUGACAGCUCGGCAUCGAGAAGGCAUCCGACUCGUCCAGACGGAUGGUGAUCUCUGCGUUACGGAGACGUUGGAGAGGAGAGACAUGAUGUGAAUGUGACCGGAGCAGCCAUGAUGGACAAGAGGAUUCUGUGAGGAAAAACUUGAACAAACAACUAUUUUGUUGUUUUUGUAAGUUUGUUCCUUACCUUGAGUCGGCUGGGAGUCUUCAACAUAGGUGGUGUUGGUUUUCUCCGGGUCUUCACUGGCUCUACGCAGAGGGAGAGAGAGUGAGAGAGAGAGUGUUUGUUUAUGAUUAAACUGUCAACUUGAGACUGGAGGGUGUUUUAAAGCUCUCCCGGUUGGUGUCCACUCCUCACAGAUAUGUGGUUUCACACCACAUGGCAUGGAUUUCCAUAUUCAUCAAACUGCCGUCAUUACCCUAAUCUUGGUGA